AUGAAUGACAUGAAGAGUAACCGAGAACUGUACCUACAGUACUCAGCCGUGGCCCCCAAGCUGCUGGCCCAGAUUUCCAAACUCCUCGUGAUCUGCCGGAACUCAGGCAUCCAUGUACCCAAGGGCAUCAGAAACAUUUUUGAGUUCACUUGGGAGGAGCUCAUCACCGAUCCCAUGAUACCCACUGCAUCUGACAUCUUAGGCCUGGACAUCAGUUUGGGACCACCACCUACACUUGUGGAAUUGACCCCUGUGCAGCCCCCCUCCCAGAAGAAACCACCACCACCAGGACCACCUCCUCAGUUACUCUCAAUGUGCUUUGGUGCCGCCAAGCGUUCCACCCCCUCCCCUACCCAGAUGCAUGCAAUGACCGCCGGCCGGGAGACCUUGCACAGAUUUCAGCGGCAGUCCAUCCACCUGCUGACAGAACUUCUCACCCUGAAGAUGAAGGCCAUGGUGGAGUCUGUAUCGGUAGGUGCCAACCCCCUGGAUGUCACAAGACGCUUUGUGGAGGCCAGCCAACUGCUCCAUCUCAACGCCAAGGAGAUGGCCUUUGACUACUUGGUCAACACAAUCGGGAGAAGUGGUGGACAGUUGGGGAAAGAUUCUUUCAAUAACAUGUCCAUCCUGGGAGUGAACUCGCCAUAUCAGCUCAUUUACCAGUCUUCAACAGGUUGUCUGAGCUUUUCUCUCUCCACCGUAAGGGAAGGCAAGAAGAAAACAGGCAAAUCCAAAACUCUGGAAGAAGUAAGUCCACCCUUGCUCCAUGCAGCAGGGACCUCUGUCUGUGACUAUGUGGAGGUCAGCGACCCCUGCCCAGAGGCCCGGGAAAAGCUACAAGAGAUGUGUCGCCAUAUAGAAGCUGAGAGGUCCUUGUGGAGAGGGAGGAAUGUCUCCUACCCGGUGAUAUUACGCAACUACAAGACAAAGAUACCCAUUCAUCCACCACCUACUUCCCAAGCUCAGUCCCUGAGUUCCCAGCAGCCUCACACUCCUACCUCCUACCAGCCAGCUCACCACAUUCACUAUGGUCGGCAUUCUCAAGAGUGGAAAGGGCCCAAGAAGACCAUCAAGUUGCAUUAUACCUUCUAUGACGGGUCCUCUUUUGUUUACUAUCCUUCUGGAAACAUCGCCAUGUGUCAGAUCCCCACGUGCUGCAGAGGGAGAGCCAUCACCUGGCUCUUUAAUGACACGCCUAACAUGUCCUUCCUGGCCCUGUUCAACGCUGAAGGCCAGGGCUGUGUUCAGUACAAUGCAAAGACCCGCUGCCCAUACGUCUUGGUCUUUGAUGAGGAAGGUGGGACCACCAAUGACUACAAGGGCUACAUAGUCCACAAGUGGAACUGGUCUUCUAAGACAGAGACGUUGCUCUCCCUGGAAUACAAGGUGAAUGAGCAAAUGAAGUUGACAGUUACGGGACAAGAUUCUAUGGUGGUCACCUUCACUUCCCUGAACGAGACAGUAACACUCACUGUAUCGGUCAACAAUUGUCCUCAUGGGAUGGCACAUGAUAAACGAGUGAUCCACAGAAUCAACAACUUUGACGACAAGAUCCAUAAGAUGAGCCGAGCCCUGGCUGAGAUCAAGAAGCGAUUUCAAAAGACAGUGACUCAGUUCAUGAAUUCUGUCUUGCUGACAGCAGGUCUGUUCACCAUAGAAUAUCCCAUGAAAGAUGAGACAGAGAUUGGUCGGACCAAAAUGAAACAUGGGUCUCAUCCUGAUCGACCCCGCAAGCUGAGUUUAUACUCAGGAGAACUCCUAGUACAUUCUCAGUCAGCGCGACUGGAAUCCUUGAUUGGAGAGUCUUCCAAGGAAGAAACUACCUCUGCUCCUGUGAGCCCCACUCAGAAGACAACCAUCAGAAUUCAGGCCAAACCCACGAUCCUAUUCAGGCCCAAGACCCGUGAGGUGCGCAGCCCCACUGCCUGGGCAGCCUCGCCCUACGACUGCCCGCUAAUGUUGCGGAAGCUCAUCCGCAAGGAAGACAUCCGGCCUGGCUGCAAGUGUGUUGUAAAGGCACCACUGGUGUCUGACGUGGAGCUGGAGCGUUUUAUGUCAGCUCCCCGUGAUCCCAGUCAGGUGCUGGUGUUUGGCAUUGUCUCAGUCCAGAACCCAACCAGAACCGCCCAACUCCAGUGGCUGCUGGACAUCCUCUACAGUCACCGGCAGCAGGGUCGUGCCUCUCCCUGCAUGCAGUGCCGGCAUGACCCCUACCGCCUACUGCGCUAUGAUCUGGACAGCCCCCUGCAGAAUGACCCACCCCUACUGGUGAAGAAGUACUCCGUGAUGCCCGGCAUGAUCCUGAUGUUCGCUGGUGGGAAACUCCUCUUUGGAGGCUGUGUUUUGAAUGGAUAUGGCGUCAGUAAGCAGAACCUGCUAAAACAGAUCUUCCAGGCUCGGCAUGAUUGCAAGAUGGGUUACUUCCUACCAGACAACUAUAAAUUUAGUGCUUCAACCCCCAUACCGAGCCUGGUGGAUUCUGACCCCGCAAAGAGAACCAUGUUGGAUGGUGUCCAGGGAAGCUUCUCCUCCUUGGCCCUGGGGGACAAGACAGAGAAAGAGUCUUCUGUUGACGUGGAGAAGAAAGUCAAAGAGCCUGAAGUGGACCUGCAGCCUGUCAACAAAGCCAGGAGAGGCAGUAAGAAGACAUUCAACUGGCAGAAACAAUCCUCCAAGAAGUGA